AUGGUAUAUAAGUACAUACGAGCGAAGGAGAACUUGAGAAACCCCCAUCUCACCCCUUCCGACUUCCUGAGACAUUUAAAGGAACCGGUGGCAGGGACCAGGACUGCAAUCCGGGCGGCAAGUUACAUGGAAACGGCGUUGGAUCUCCUGAGGCAGAAACUGCAGAAGGUCUGGCACCGUCACUUCAACAUCACAGAUGUGCUAAGCAUCCAGCAGAAAGAUAUGAUCACCAGAGCCACUGGCUGUGACUAUCUGAUCCGCCCAGUCCGGUGCCCACAAAACAGCCCUUAUCGGACCAUCACAGGAGAAUGCAACAAUCGGAAGCACCCUCAUUUUGGUAUGUCUAACCAUGGCUAUGCCCGCUGGCUCCCAGCAGAGUAUGAGGAUGGUGUGUCUCUUCCCAAGGGUCUCAUCCAGGGCCAGCUUUAUAAUGGACACCCCCUCCCACUGGUGCGGCAGGUAUCCAACGAGAUCAUUGGCACCCCCAAUGAGAAGAUCACGGACGACCAGGAGCGCUCACUGGCGUUCAUGCACUGGGGCCAGUGGGUCGACCAUGACAUGGACUUAGCCCCCAUGACUGAAACCAGCAUCCAGAACCAGGAUGUCCACUGCGACACCAGCUGCAACUACGCGCCCCCCUGCUUCCCAAUUAAGAUUCCACCUGGAGACCCGCGGAUUACAAAGCCAGGCGUCUGCAUGCCUUUCAUCCGGACCACCCCUGUUUGCAACCCCACGACGUUCAUCCGCGAGCAGCUCAAUUCCAUCACGUCCUUUCUGGAUGCCAGCAUGGUGUAUGGGAGUGAGGAGCCUCUGGCAAGAAGCCUCCGGAACCAAAGCAGCUCUCUGGGUUUAAUGGCGCUCAACCAGAACUUCACAGACGCUGGUCUGGGCCUCCUUCCUUUCGAGAGCAAUUCAAACAGCAUCUGCCUCUACACAAACAGAACUGCCAACAUCCCAUGUUUCAAUGCAGGGGAUAAACGUGUCACUGAAAAUCUGGGGCUGACAGCUCUCCACACCCUCUUUGUCCGGGAGCAUAACCGUUUGGCCAGGGAGCUGAAGGCGCUGAACCCCCACUGGGAUGGGGAAAAGAUCUAUCAGGAAGUUCGGAAGAUUAUUGGGGCAGUGAAUCAGGUGAUCACCUUCAGAGAUUACCUGCCCCUUGUCUUGGGCAAUGAGAUGAACAAGCAGUUGCCUUUGUACAGAGGCUACAAUGACUCUGAGGACCCCACUGUCUCAAACGUGUUCUCCCUGGCCUUCCGGUUUGGACACGGUUCUGUUCCCCCAUUUGUGCCCCGCCUGGACCAAAACUUCAAGCCCCUUGUCCCAUAUUCCAAUGUCCUCCUUCAUCUCACCUUCUCUGCUUCAUGGAGAAUCGUAAUGGAAGGUGGCAUUGACCCUCUUCUCCGUGGCCUCCUGGCCGACCAUGCCAAGCUGAUGAAGCAGAACCAGAUGAUGGUUGAGGAGCUCCAGGAGCGACUCUUUGAGCAGCUUGAGCUCAUCGGCCUUGAUCUGGCAUCCCUGAACCUCCAGCGGGGGAGAGACCAUGGCCUGCCAGGAUACAAUGCCUGGAGGCGGUUCUGCGGCCUAUCAGAGCCCAGCAACGAGGCUGAGCUUGCUGCCGUAAUGGGCAAUUCCCAGCUGGCAAAGAAGUUCAUCGACCUUUACGGGACACCAGAGAACAUUGACAUCUGGAUCGGGGCCCUGGCUGAGCCCUUCGUCCCCUAUGGGAGGGUCGGGCCCCUCCUGGCGUGCCUCAUCGGGACACAGUUCCGGAAAACCCGGGAUGGAGACAGAUUCUGGUGGGAGAAUCCCGGAGUGUUCACCCCCUGGCAGCGGCGGAUUCUGAGCGGCGCCUCGCUCUCCCGCAUCAUUUGUGACAACACCCACAUCCAGGAGGUGCCCCACGAUGUUUUCAAGAUGAACCACUACCCGAGCGAUUUCGUGAACUGCCGCAAAAUUGGAGGACUGGAUUUGUCUGCUUGGAAAGAAUAGACUGGCAGCAACUGGGGAAGUUUUGGGGUGGGUGGGUUGAGACAUUGCAAACCUGCCAGAAUGCCAGAAAGUUAAUGUGAGCUGGGACUCAGCCCUGCGGGUAUCACAACCACUCCAGAAUGCAUAGUGAUCUUCUUCAUGUCACAGUGAUGAAAACUGACCCGUCUCCUGAGCGAGACUCCCAGUUGGGUUGGAGUUCAGAUCCUGUAGAUAGUGAAUCAUAGCAUUGUUCAGUUGGCAGGGACUCCAAGGUUCAUCCAGUCCACACCCUUGCAAUGUUGGAAUAACAGCUGAAGCACCCCUGGCAGAUGACCAUCCAACCUCUGUUUAAAAGGCUGUAGUGAAGGACCUUUGUAGUCCACUGCCACAAACUCUCAAAAUGCCUCUUUGCCAUCCCUGGGCCAAAAUCUGGGAUUCAUCUCUGCCAUUCAUAUUUCCUGACAUUCUGGGAAGGUGGUUUGGGCUCUGGAAUGAAGGAAGGUCAGUUUGAGGUGGCUAUUUGGGGUAGAUUGGGGCUAAAUCCAGCAAUGACCAUCCAAGGAUUUGUGACACUCACAUCUGCCCUUGGGAUGUGAAAACAGCACAACCAGCCAGAUAUUUUAAUUAAGCAAAAUAUCACAAAAUAGCAAGGUGGGGUUUUUUUGUUCUUUAGAGUUCUUGACUAGGAAGAACUCAGAAUCUGAACACUUGCGUGCCCUUCUGCAACAUUGUUGUUUGGCCUAGUGAAGUAUUGCCCUGCUGUGGAUUUUCUGAUGGAAUGAGCCAUUCAUCCGACUUUAAAAUUUGCUCUUUUCUCUUUCCUUUCCAUAUUGUCACAUAGCUGGAUUUCGAAAGCUAUGUGCAACACAUAUUCUGAUUUCAUUUCAGCGAUUGUAUAGGCACUAACUGGGAGAUGUAUUUAUUUUUUAAUGCUGGAGUUGUGAGAC